CGCCCACGCGAAUACUUCACUGCUAAAGCCCACAACAUGUACAUAAAAAGAUACACCCGUUAUAAUAGUGAUAAUACUGUUAUGAGCAGCGUAAAAAAUUUGUGACCCCAUUUUGUAACGAAAGACGAGACGUCAGCGAUCGGCCGCAAAAUCGAAAAAAUGAUGUAGCUCAUUGUCCGCGAUUUUGUUGUUUUAUUCAUUGCAGAGAGAUCGGUAUAUAAACGGGAACGAUGGCCAAUUUCCAGCUUGAGGAUUUACUAAAGGAUGAUAAAAAGGACGCAAACCUCAUUCCCGAUCUGAGCAAGGCCACGUGCAACUCGGAAGAGGAGUUUCGUCGCCUCAUGGAGUGCGUUCCAGACUUCAAAAUCAGGCCGGACAAGCCAAGACGGGACGAGGUGAAGGUCCACGACAAGAGCUUUUCCUUCAAAACUACGAAAAAGGAGAUAAAAGCCUUGUCGAAAAAAUGGAGCUACGGCAACCCCAUACCUCCCGAAAUGAGGGAACUGAACCUCCAAGAGCUGCAGCAGGUUCCGAUCGACUGGAGAAUGCUCACUCCCAUCCGGCCGAAACUUCGCCAGGACGAGGAAAUGUUUUCGCGAUUGGUUGAAUUGGGAAAGCUUCAGUUGAAAACACGAGCUCAGGAGCGUCGUAGCGGCUCUCCCGAUUUUAUCAAGCGCGUAAAGAAUCGAGCGGGUAUCAUCGAGACCAGCGUGAAAAUCUGCGGCGAUUGCGGCGAGGAAUAUUGCGAUGGCGAGUACUGCGGAGAUAUUCUUUACGAUUGCUACACACGUGUCAAUGUGGCAGCCUCAUCGUCAAGUGACAAGCCUAAGCAGUCCACGUCCGAUGCUGCAGCGGUAAUCGUUGGCCUGAAUUCCGGGGCUCGCAAAUUUGGUAAGAAAAAGAAGAAGUGCGGAGCUCCCAAGGUGGCUCGUAAAAAGAAAAGCGAGAAUCCUAAGACCGCACGGUUGUUGGUGCGCAAAAAUAAGACCAGCAUUCACGGCAGUAGGGGAUCUCUUAGACGCGAAAGCGAUCAAGCUAAAGGUCCUGGCACGGAGACCAAAUUUCGCAGACAGUGCGCCAAAUGCACGAAAAAGAAGAAAAAGAAGGCUGUAUCGAAGAAGUAA